GGCACUGCUGGGAGCGUUUUUGGGGCAGAAAAGCUCUGUCUGAAACUGCACGUUUUUUGUUACUCACAGGAAUUGUUAGCAGGUUAAAUAAAAUCAAGUCGUUGGCGGCAUCAUUAGUUUUAGGGUCUUGUUUUCCUGCCGGGUUCAGAAAUCGCCCCAGAAAGAGGUUUGAUCAUGUCCUGAAGGCCGAGCCGGGGAGAUGCUCUGCACGGCAGUGGUGAUGGCGGGGAGCCUGGCGCUGACGACAGCGGUGGUGGCUCACGCCUAUUACCUGAAGCACCAGUUCUAUCCCACUGUGGUUUAUCUCACCAAAUCCAGCCCCAGCAUGGCUGUUCUCUACAUCCAGGCCUUCGUGUUGGUUUUUCUCCUGGGUAAAUUUAUGGGCAAGGUGUUUUUCGGGCAGCUGCGGGCAGCGGAGAUGGAGCACCUACUCGAGCGGUCGUGGUACGCCGUGACGGAGACCUGCCUGGCCUUCACCGUUUUCAGGGAUGACUUCAGCCCUCGCUUCGUCGCCCUCUUCACCCUCCUCCUCUUCCUCAAGUGUUUCCACUGGUUGGCUGAAGACCGGGUGGACUUUAUGGAAAGGAGCCCCAAUAUCUCCUGGCUCUUCCACUUCCGAAUUGUCUCCCUGAUGUUCCUCCUGGGAAUCCUGGAUUUUCUCUUCGUUAACCACGCGUACCACAGCAUCCUCACACGAGGAGCCUCCGUCCAGCUCGUCUUCGGCUUUGAGUACGCCAUCCUCAUGACCAUGGUCCUCACCAUCUUCAUCAAGUAUGUCCUGCACUCCAUCGACCUGCAGAACGAGAACCCUUGGGACAGCAAAGCUGUCUACAUGCUGUACACGGAGCUCUUCACGGGUUUCAUCAAAGUUCUCCUCUACAUGGCCUUCAUGACCAUCAUGAUCAAAGUCCACACCUUCCCGCUCUUCGCCAUCCGCCCCAUGUACCUGGCGAUGAGGCAGUUUAAGAAAGCGGUGACGGACGCCAUCAUGUCCCGCCGGGCCAUCCGCAACAUGAACACGCUCUACCCUGACGCCACGCCGGAAGAGCUGCAGGCCAUGGACAACGUCUGCAUCAUCUGCCGCGAGGAGAUGGUGACGGGCGCCAAGCGUUUGCCUUGCAACCACAUUUUCCACACCAGCUGCCUGCGGUCGUGGUUCCAGCGCCAGCAGACGUGUCCCACCUGCCGCAUGGACGUUCUCCGGGCUUCCCUCCCGGCACAGCCGCCUCCCGAACCGCCGGAGCAAGCCCCGCCGCCGCCCCAGACCCCCCAAGUUCCUCAGCCCCCCAACUUUCCCCAGGGAAUCCUUCCCCCCUUCCCCCCGGGCAUGUUUCCCUUCUGGCCACCGGUUGGUCCCUUCCCACCGGUUCCCGGCGUUCAGCCGCCCAACAGCGCCGAUAACACCGCGCCGAGCUCCAGCACCGCUUCGGCCGCCCGGCCCGGUGACUCCGCCAACGCCGGAUCGGAAGCCGCGGCGGCAGGGACGGUGCCGGGUCUUCCUUUGCCGCCGCCGUGGAUGGGAAUGCCGUGGCCGCCCCUCUUCGGCUUCCCGCCGAUGCCGGUGCCGCCGGCCGGCUUUGCCGGCUUGACGGAGGAAGAGCUUCGAGCCAUGGAGGGCCACGAUCGGCAAAACCUGGAAGCGCGGUUGCAGUGCCUACAGAACAUCCACACCCUCCUCGACGCUGCCAUGGUGCAGAUCAACCAAUACCUGACGGUCCUGGCCACCAUCGGGGCGCCCCGGCCCGUCGCUUCCCGGCCCCUCUCCACCCGCGAGACCCCCACCGAGGAGCCCACCCCGCUCCGCUCGCCCGGCAGCCCUUCGGCAUCCGCAACCGCCGCCGGCAGUGCCGGCACCGCGGCUGCCGCCGAUCCCACCGCGCCAGCGGGCGCCGAAGGCUUCACCGCCGAGGAGGAAGAGGAGGAAGAGGACGGUGGCGAAGGCUCGUCCUCGCUGGACGAACCCGACACGGCGGAACUCCGCCGCCGCCGGCUACAGAAACUGGCGUCGCCGCCGGCAGCCUCGCACUGACGCCCGCCGGUUGUGCCGCGGGUGCGCCGCGGGCGCCGUUUCGGGGCUGCCGACCCUCGUCCUCGGCGUUUCCGGAGCCUCGGACGCCGCGAGCCGAACGGCGCCUCUUUUUCUGCCUUGUUUUUUCCCCCCGUUUUCCACCAAAACCCCGGUCCGGAAGCAAAACCGAUUCCCGGCUGCGCCCGUUGGCGCCCCUAAACCAUUGCUGGCCCUUUUUCCACGGCACCGCGGCAAACGGCCACGUGUCUUGACCCGUUUUUCCCUCUUUUUCCCUUUUUUCACCCCAAUUCUCUCUACCUCUCCAGUGACGCAGGAUCCGGUGUGUGUUUUGGAACCGGCGGUUGCGUGUAUUGCGGUAACCGCGCCCGCUUCGGGGUGGUAAUUAAGGACGGGGUUUGAUUGCGGUGACGGUGAUCAAGCGAGUGCCGGUGCCGCUUAAAAUUGCUCAAAAUGGCCCGUUUUUAACCCAAAGUCGUCUCCAAGCACUCCCGGCUGCAGAGCAGGUCGUCACCGGUGGCAUCGACGCAGCCGAAACCGCCUCGAGCUGCGUCAGCUUUGAGUUGCCGCCGCGUUACCAGGGUCCCCGGGAUUUUGGGGUGACCCCUCCCCGGCUUUCACCUCCCACCCCCUUCGUUAGCAAACAAGCUCGUUAACAGUAUUAUCCCAUCACCCCCCCCCCGGGGAAAGCCGCUUCCCGCACCGAAAUAUCCCCCCCUUCAAGCCCGUCGGGGGAACCACGGUGCCGAUCGGCGCCUCUCUGGCACCCCACGGCAACUUAAUAAACCCCGGAAUGCUCCGCCUGAACCCGACCAGUCCCUAACUGGUGCCACGGUGCGCCCAAACUGGUUUUUACCGGUUUCGCUCUGCCGCCGGCGCCAGGAGGUGCUUCUUUUUUUGGUCUCAUGGUCACUGGCCACCUCCCAACCGUGAAAUUUUUGCCUCGUUUCCUUUCGCCGGCGGUCGGCGAUGCCUCUGGCGUUGCGCCGGCGAGGCGGCACCGUGCCGGCGAGGCGCCGCCGGUGCCUUUGCCAAAAAAAAAUGUGGCGCCGCCGCCUCUUCCGCCACGUUUCUUCUCCGCUCCAGGGACGCCGCGACUCUUCAGUGCCUCUUUGAACCGAAAAGGGCUUCAAGGAGCCCAAAUAUCUCAGGGAAAAAAAUAAAACCGCGUUCGGAGACGGCGGCAACCGGAGCGUUUUGGGGCGGAAAACGGCAUUUUUUUGCACCAAAACCGGGUGGCGGCGAGAGGACGGCGCGGGGUGAGGAGGUGGCGGCGGGUGAUUUUUUUGGGGGGCGGGGAGGAGCAGGAUUGGUUAUUUUCAGUAACGAGGCUGAUUUUUUUUUUCUCCCUACCCUUAAAGUUUUGGUUCUCCUUGCCCCAGGCUUGAGCGUAUUAACGAGGAAAUUGGCAAUAACGAAGCAGUGGUGGGAGAUCACUGCGGAGCCGCUUUGGGGAGUUCAUUUUUUUAACCCUUUUUUUGUUUUAAACAUUUUGAGCCAAAAUAAUGAAUUUUUGUGGCUGGUUCUGUUUGGCGUUGGGGUUUGGGUUUGUUUUUUUUUUGUGGAUUCCUCAAAAUUUCCUUCAUUUUGGGGUGGAAACUACGGGAAGGGGGAGGGACCGAAGACACGCAGGCAACUGGACUGGGGACGUUUGACCCCAAAACCGCCCCCUUUCACCCCAAAAUAGUUUCCUUUCCCUUUCGGGUGGCGUCGGCGUUGGAGAAAUUAUUUAAUUUGUAAAUAAUGUAUAAAUUUUUAAUAGCUUAAUUGUAAAUACAGCGGAAUAAAGGUUGCAGUAAA